AUGGGUAUUUACUACUACCUUUGGAACAAGAAGCGAGAUCCGCCGCCGGGAGACCAGGGCGGCGAGGACAGCGAGCACGCGUCCCGGUGGCCCACCGUGGACCCCGCCUUCAUCCGGCACCACGACGGCACGACAGCAUGGGAGCCCCAGUUCCCGGACACGCUCCCGAAGACCUCCCUCGGCCAGAUGUGGGUCGGCAUCCAGGCCCUGACCUUCACGCUCUUCAACGUCGUCAACGGGUGGCGCCUCAACGACCUCCUCUUCGGCGUCCGGUACUACUUCGCACGCAAGUCCGGCGCGGACACCAUCCGCGACCUCGCCUCGCACGGCGCCGAGGUCCCCGCGCAGCUGUGCUUUCCGCCGGGCCUGGACGCCAGCGCCGUGCAUCGCGCGCCGACGGCCGACGCCGGGAGCCCCCCGGACGGCGUCGGCGGCUGCGGAUACGGCAUGGAGACGCUCCAGCGCAUGCUGUCGCUCGCGAUGGCGCUGCGCGAGGCCGACGAGGAAGUGAUUCUGCACGUGUACGCCAAGCUGGGCGUCAUGCCGGAGGACGUGCUGCAGCGGCGCGUGCGCGCGAAGAUGCUGCACCCGGCGUACUGGCUGGUGCGGGACCGCGCGACGCGGCUGAUCGUGCUGGUGGUGCGCGGGACCAAGUCGUUCAGCGACACGCUGACCAUCAUGACGGGCGCGUCGCGGCCGUUCCACGUGCUCAAGGGGGACCCGCGGGAGAAGAACGUCGAGCUCGGUUUCGCGCACCAUGGCAUCGUGCCGGCGGCGCGGCUGCUGAAGAACGCGAUCGUGCACAAGCUCGUCUCCGCGCUGGCCGAGCACCCCGGCUACGGCCUCCUGUGCGUCGGGCACUCCCUCGGCGGCGGCACCGCGGCCCUGCUGUCCUCGAUGCUGCGCGACCUGGCGGCGUCCGACGCGCGGUUCGCCCCGCUCGGCGCCGUCAAGUGCCUGUCGUUCGCGUCGCCCGCCAUCAUGACGCAGCCUCUCGCGGAGGCGUGCUCGACGUUCACGACGUCGGUGAUCAACGGCGCGGACAUGGUGCCGAUGUUCUGCAUGGGCUCCGUCGAGGGGCUGCGGAGGGAGGUGGCGCAGUUCGAGUGGCACGAGCAGUGGGCGCGAGACUGGACGCAGACGCGCGUGCACAAGAUGCUCGCGCCCGUGCGGUGGGGCGUGAAGGGGGUGGCCACGACGGCGCGGGGCGUGGGCACGGCGGGGCGCUGGGCCGGGAUCGGGCUCGCGCGCGCGGGGACGAGCAUUCGCAGGAUCGGGAGCCUGCGGCGGAUGCCGCGGGCGGGCGGCGAGGGGGAGUCCAGCGGCGCUGAGUCGGACGGGGACCAACUCCCCCCGCGCAGUCAGGCGGAGAUGCUCGCGCAGUACCGCGAGGACGGCGCGGGGCCGAGCACGGACGAGGACCUCCGCGUGGCCGCGCAGGCUGCAGGCGACGCGCCGCGCGCCCCGGCCGACGCCGCCGCCGCCCACAGGCGCACCUACGACCGCCUGGCCAGCAUCGGGCGCGCGGCCUACCAGUCCGGCGCGGGCGCCUACUCCGCGGCGUCGGGGCUGCUGAUGUGGCCGUUCCUGGCGCGCAAGGACGGCGGGGACGCCUCCAGGGAGUUCACGGACCUUGCCGCCACGGCCGGCGCGGGCGCCGAGGUGGCCGCCGUCGUCUCCGGCGCCGAGCGGCCGCGCCACCGCCCCACGACGAGCCUCACGAGCCUCCCGGCCACGUACCGCGGCCAGAACGCGCCGAGCUCGGGGCGCCGCUCCGUCACUGCACGCGGCCUCCCGCCGCUCGACCGCCCCGCGCGCCGCUCCCACGCCGCCGACGCAUCCCUCCACGGCGUCGCGUCCGGCUCGAACUUCGCGCGCACCCCCUCCGUCGGGCUCCCGCCGCACCGCCCGAGCAGCGUCCCGCCGCAGGCCCUCUCCCACCGCGCGUCGGUGGGGGGCUGGGACUUCGGGAACGUCGAGGAGCACGUCCGCGAGUGGGAGGCGCAGGGGGCGUCUCGGCGCGGGUCCGCGGUGAUCGCCGGCUGGGCGGCGGCGCUCGAGCACGACGCGUUCCAAAGGCGGGAGAUGGACGCGUCGGAGCUGCUCGAGGCCGAGGGGCGCGGGACGGUCGGGGAGCUGGACUCGCCGCGGGAGGGGAGCUCGCCGCGCGAGGGGGGCGCGGCGCUGGGGGAGGAGGCGGGGGCGCGGGCGCGUCGCGAGAGCGGGGGGGAGUCGCCUGACAGCGCCGCGGAGCCGUCGUCGGACGGGGACCUGGACCAGGUCGUGCAGGACGCGCUGCACACGCGCGAGCUCGAGGAGCAGUACGGGCGCGAGCACGAGGCGCCGUGGGCGCGCCGUGCGCGCCUGCGGUUCCGGCGGUGGCGCGGGCGGCGCGGCGCCGGCGGCAUGCCGGACGGCCAGCGCCCGCCGGGCGUCGUCCGGCGCAUCGGCCAGCGGCUCUUCUCGCGCCGCAAGUUCAAGGACUCCACGCCGAUCGCGGGCGUCGCGGAGGCCGACGACGAGGGCGAGCACACGUCGGACGAGGAGAGCGAGCACAGCGGGGGCUCGGCGGGCGCCGACGGGUCCCGGCGCGGCACUGGGUCCCGCCGCACGUCGCGGAACGUCGGCGGCAGCGACAGCGAGGGCGAGGGCGGCGCGGACGUCCGCAGCUCCGCGGAGCAGGCGAUGUUUGACGAGCGCGCCUUCCACGACCGGUUCCAGUUCUACCCGGCAGGAAGGAUCUACCACCUGAUGCCGCUGCACGUGAUGGACGAGGAGCGUGCAGCGGAGGCGCAGGACGCGCCGAGCGGGGACCGCGAGGGGCCGCGGCGCGACGCGCGGCCGUCGUCGUCGGCGGCGACCGAGGACGUGUCCGCCGCGGGGACGACCGCGGGGACGGUCAACGUGGACGAGCUGCCGGACAGCAACCCGACGUACGCGGGGCCGGAGGUGCGCCCGCGCGGGCGGCGGUGGGCCGUCGUGCGGAUGCCGCGCGAGGCCUACGCCACGUUCCGCGUCGGACCGGGCGCGGUGGCCGAUCACAUGGUGUACCGGUACGCCGAGGCGCUCAUCUCGAUCGGGCGCGAGAUCGGACAGGCCCCGUCGAUCGUCUGGCCCGCGAUCCUCAUCGACGACGCGGGCGAGCUGAAGCGGAACGAGGAGGUGGAGAGUGUCGCGCUGGCGGCCGCGCAGCGCCGCGCGCAGCAGGCCAAGGGGCUGCGGCGGACGGCGGGCAGCAAGGCGGACCUGCGGGCCGCAUCCAACGCCGUGUCUGUCACGGGCACGCCGGAGGGGUCGACGCCGCGCUGA